CUCCGAUUGGCCCGCGCUCACAGGACGCACCCACCCCGCCCGCUGCUGCCACGGUCAGCGCCAUCAGCCCAGUGCCAUCUGGACCUCCGAGUGUGAUGUCACCCCGCCCCUAGGGUCGCCACGGAGAAGGCACGUCACAUGCACUAGAUGAUGUUUAAUCGACGAAUUGGAAACAUCCGCGAGAUCCUUAAAAGACGCCCCACUAUGAAUAUUAUUCAGUGAGCCUACAGAUCUCUCAGUUGGAGCAAUGUAUUCGUCGUGCGCGUUCGUUCUGGCGUUAUGUGUAGCCAUUGCAGCUUCAUUAAACUCCGAGCAAAGUAAUGAUAUUGGGGACGAUGACGUUCCACGAGAAAUCAAUCUAUCGAGCAGAAACUUGACGGCGUUGCCGACUGUUCAUGACAUUAAUCCGCUUGUAAAAGUGUUGAACAUGUCUAUGAAUCGUAUUGCAAAUGCAACGGAUGAGUUGAGAUCGUUUACUCGCUUGGAAGUUCUGAUCCUUCGGUUCAACAACUUCACACACCUACGUUUCCUGCCAGAGCCUUGUGGUUUGCGUCGUCUAGACGCUUCCCGCAAUAACAUAUCCAGUCUAGAGGGGCCUCUUGCUACCUGCUCGCUCUUGGAAUCCCUCAACCUCACGGCCAACAACCUCAAGUCCCUGCCCGACGGGGUGUUCUCGAACAUGAAUCGCCUGAAAGUGCUGUACCUCGCGGGGAACGGGCUGACCAAUCUGCCGCAAGGAGUGUUUAGAGGGCUUAGGAACCUGGAGCGGCUUCGCCUCAACGGCAACAGGCUGCGAGAAGUACGCAGAGAUUUAUUUCAUGGGCUAAACGAGCUUCGGUACUUGGAUUUUUCACUCAACAAUUUGACUUCUCUUCCUCUGCUGGAAGACUGCUGCAAAUGGCUGCAAGGUGCCUAUUUUAAGAACAACAGCAUCGUGGAGGCGAGCGAGGCGGCGAUGCGCGCCUUCCUGCGCGGCAACUCGUCCACGGACCGCGACAUGACCGGCAACCCGCUGCGGCCCGAGGCACUGCGCUGGACGGCGCGCGACCCCGACCUGCGGCUGCUCGUGCACGACGACUUGUGCCACUGCGGCCUGCUGCACCACGUGCUCUCGCGCGCCUCGCUCAUCCUGUGCGUGCGCGUGCGCUGCGGUGCCGCCGCCGGCGCCGCCUUCCCCAACUGGGUGGCGGCCGUCAAGGCCCUCGACGCCCACGCCCCCGCUGCCGCGACGUGAGCGCCGCCACCGCAACGACGCCGGGGGCGGGGACGCCACCAGAGAAACGAUUUCCGACGCCAUUGAGUCAAUGCAAACGUGGCUGUCCGGGAGACGAAAGUGGUUCGACAUUUUGCCCUGACGAAGGCCGCAGUAAGAUGGCCGAAACGUUGGAAACUAUGCGUAGGACGCGUGUCUCCCGGACAGCCAAGUUUCUACGAUUGAUGUAGUUUUAAAGAAAUGAAGAUUUUGUAGCCUAUAUAUUUGUGUCCAUUUGAAGUCAGGAGAAGAGCCUUUUUUAUUUUAACUUGAUUUAGGCUUCAUUAUGUAAUAACCACAUAUUUUGGCCCAAAAAUGUAUAACAUAUAGUAUUAUUCUGAUUAAUGUUACGACAAUAAUAUAUUUUAUUCUAAAAUAGCGUUACUUUUUGUUUUACUAUUACCAAAUUAGUAUGUGUCUAAUGAUUAGUGACAAGAUAGAUUUAAGAAAAACAAACUUGGCUUUUUAAAGAAGAAAUUGUGCAUUCAUAACCAACGAAUCUCUUCAGAAAAUGUACAAACCAUAAUUAUUAUGCAUUAUUUUAAGAACUGAUUUUAAAAAUAAAUUCUCUUAGUUUAAAAAUAUUGUUAACAGUGUGCUUGAUAAUCUGAUCACCAAUUCAGUUUUCAUUUUAAACUCUGCAUUUUCAGAUAAAUUAGUGAAUAACGGCUCCUCACUCCUCACACGUAUUUCACUGAAUACGUUUCUCUGAAUACUACAUGCUUAAUGCCAAGGAAAUAACAGGAAAAUAAUAAAAUUUUUUGAAUCUAUCUUUUUUAAAAUGCUGUAUGUUCGUGUGAAGUGUGUUCGUAGAAAGACAUCUUUGUGUUAAAACAGAUUGUGAAAGCUAGGGAAUUACUUCGGAGAACACACAAUCCAUGUAAGUAAUGAAAAGGAAUAAUUGGUUUAUAUUUUUCUAAAGGUGAAAAAGUCAAAGAAGAUGAAGUACUUAGCAGUGCAUGGUUAGAUCAAAUAACAAAUAGAAACAUAUCUUAAAAAAACCCUGAAGAUUUCAAAUUAAACAAAAUAUUAAGUACUUGAUCCCUCAAAAGUACAUGUAGUUAAUGUGAUUUAAAAUCCUUUUUAAUGCACUGAUAUAUGGUUUUGUUGAUGUUGUGUAACAAUACACAUUCAUAUUUAUAAUAUUUGAGUAUUUUUCUUCAGCCUUACUUUAGUAUUUUAGUCCAAAACCUUAAAUGUGAAUGGUGCCAGGUAUUAAUGUAUUUGUGCAAAAAGAAAGGUAUAUAAUUAGCUGGGCACAGGGGAACUUUCCACCCUGUGAAAAUUACCACUUUAUGAGUGAAAAAUAUUAUAAAUACUAGGAAUUUAUACAAUUGGUGGAUAUAAUUCCAACAAGUUUUUCUGAGUCCUUAUUUUGCUAGAUGCGAGAAAAUUGGGGAUUUGGUUAUUCAACUCCAAUAGCACUAUCAAAUCAACUUCGUAACUCAAGCAAAUAGAUUCAAUGUAAAAGGUAUAAAAAAAUAGUUUCAUGAACUGUUUCUUAUAAAAUAAACACAAAACGCUAAAUCGUAUAUUUUAUUAAUAACUUAAGUGUGAUGGCAAAGGAGAGAUGGUAGAGAUUUUAGAGCAAAAAUUCAUGGGCCUACAAUAUUACUCUUGUAAGUUGAAUUUUGAUUCCGCUAAUAAUGUCUAUAGGCUAAUAAUAUACAUAGCUUUUUAUUCUCUAAUAUAAACGGCCAUAUUCUACUCCCAUUCAUAAUACUUAAACAAUUCUGGGUUAUUAGUACGAGUAAUAUUAUAUUUAAUUUUAUAAUCCGUUUAGCCAAUUUGACUCGCUUUGGUUGCAGAGCAACGUCAAAGCAAUACUACUUAACUAAAGGAAAUAUAAAAUAUACCCCACACAUUUUACCUUUCACUUUUGAAUUCCAAAUAGUUCAUGCUCUAAACACCUCUGAAUUACAUUAAAAAAAUACAGAGAUACCAGAAGUGCCUACAUUUAAGAACAAUAUUGUCAUUUACUCAUUUUUUGUUACAUUUGUUACGUUUACUAUUUUUUUCUUAAUUUCAUCGUGUUGUAGGAACGACUUCCUAAUACAUAAAAAUCAUUUUCCUGAGUACGAGAUUUUAACUUUUGCCAUCACCAUUUACAUCAUUUCGACCAGAAGAAUAGUUGAAAAUGGAGAACGUAUAGGAUUGACAGUUUAUCCAAAUGUAUCAACACGCGGGAGCAUCUGUAUUUGUAACUAUAUUCUCAUUGCUUCUAGCAGGUAUUUACUCCACUUUUCGAUACGUAAAUUUUGUUACAACUAUAAUUAAUAUAAGUACCUCAUUUAAUACGCUCAUAUUUGAAUGUGGCGAGGACUUCCUCGUUCCAAAAGUAUAGGGAGAAAAGGAACAAGGAGAAAUUGAGAAAAAUAACAUUUUCUAUAAUCACUUUUAUGAGGCUAACUAUUAUGCAGAAUUAUAUUAUCCACAAUAAUCAUUCAAUAAAAGGGAGAUUUGAAACAUUAAAAAAAUAUUUCAAGAUUUGUAUUUGACAGAAUUUAUAACCCUUCUCUCUUCUAUUUUCAUGAAUGUUGGAGUCGAAGAAAACCUCAUUCUGAAAACAGCGACACCUAAUGCACGUUUUCCUUGUACUGGUUCAAGAACUUCUCAUUGUGUACCAAAAGAAAACAUUUAUACAAUCCACAAAUACAACAGGGAAGUUAGUUCUACCCCAUUCAUUGCUUUCAAGCUAUAAUUCUCUCAGUCGUGGUCGACGUGGGCUUGAAGAAUGUUUCAAGGCUGGCUUCCCUAAAAAUAAGUAAAUUAUUUUCGUACUAACUGUCACCAUUACUUAUUAAUUGCAUAGUCACGCCCGGGAGAAUCAUUUAAUAGUUUGAACAUGUAUUAUCGGUGUCCUGGGAGCUGUUAUUUCGAAAUGUAAUAAUUUUUUUAUGGUAAGAGAAACUUUUUUAUGCUUAAUAUUUUCUGAGGUCUUGUCAUCUUCCUACAAAAGUGACAAGACUUCAGAAUUAAUGCGGACUUUUAUUUGCUAAUGUGGAUAAACAGUUUGACUGAGAACGGUUGAACUGAGAUGAGGUCAGAAAUGCAGAACAUUCAUUACAGAACAACUGAUUGCCCUUAUUAUAAGCAUCUUGAUAGAAGAAUGUCUUUGUUAAGGUUCAUUGUUGGGAAUAUUGCAGGACACAGAAGAAAUAUGCUCGAUUUUAUCAAGCAUUCGACGUAACAGUAAAAUUCAUUAUCAUCAAAUUUAAAUAUAUUUUCCAUUUUCUCACGAUGUAUGGUGUACCAAACGUAUUUUUGGAAUUCCCACUGCAAUCGGAUUGGGUAUCGUAUGAAG